GUAAUAAAAUGUAACCAACAUGUCAAAAGUCUCGUGUGCAGCCUACAUUAUCUACUAAUGAAUUUUUAUCUAGAUAUAUGCCUAUCUCUACGAUACCUCGUCAGGUAGUUAUUUUAUUUUAUGGCCCUUGUUUUUAAUUUUGGCGUAUCCUCUUUUAUUAGUGUAAACAAACUCAGAACCGUAUCAUAGUCUACACGAGCAGUUACAGUUGAUAACCUCACAGAGGCAAACACAAUUUAGGCAGAAUACAUUAGUAAUAUAUUAGUCUUAAUCUUUGCCACAACUGAUAAUGUAAUAAUGAAUUAUAAAAUAUGACACAGAAAACAGUUCUAUAAGACGCGUCGCGAUCGACAAACGUGCUUGCGAUUAUUUUGUCGCACGAUUAAAAAGUGCUGUGCCUUCAAAACCGUAUCAGUGCGAUUUUUCGAUUGUAUCGUGAUUUUUUGGACUUUAUUUUUUAUAUUCGAAUGAUAAGCAACUUGAACUAAAUAUCUUUGAUAAACUUAAAUAUCUUGUUACCGAUUGCAAAAUCGGAUUACGUAGUGUGUAUACCAGUGCGGUGUGAUGUUUCCCUGUGGACGUUGAACGGUUAAUUUAUAGAAAAGUGAAGUGCAAAUAAAUACUUUUGUUCAGUAAAAUGACACUAGAACACUUCAGGAGUGCGACGAAGUACCACAGAAAUAUUAUCGUCAGCCAAUCAAGUACAUGGACGUUUAAAUGUUCGUUUUGUAACUGGUACUUCUGACAGUGGCUUUAAACUAAAAAAUACGGCUGUGAUAUCAUAUUAAUAUAAAAGAAAUUCAUUUACAACGCCCUCUAUUAUCCGGAAACAAAAGAACAACGCCAUCUGUCAGUGUGGUUGUUAAAACUUUGAAAGUGCAACGGAUAUUUCGGUCGCCAUCUAGCGGUUUGCUCGUGUAACGUUAGCAAACUAGUAGCGCCAUCUCUUGGUGGGCACCGUCAAACUGUCGAACAUGGUUGAGGACACGACGCCGCAGCAGGAGCGGGUUUCCGCGGCUGCGGUGCUGCAGUUCGCUGCAAGAGAAGCGAGAGAGGGAAGGAGAUUCACCGAGUUUGGAGCUCAUGCUUUCGCCAGCAUCACUUACAAUGCUUACGCGUCAGCCUUGAGCGACAUGGGUGGCAGCGGCACCAGCUCCUCGUCAUCACACAUGUCACCCGGCUGGCAGGUCAACGACCUCGAUCUUGAUUUGCCUGGUGAACUGUCUAUGAAUAAUUUUCCUCACCGCAGCGAGGCGCUGCUGUCGCUGCCAUCGUUGGCCGUUUUCAAACAAGAGGCGCCGUCUCCGACUGGCAACGUGCUAUCUCCGCCACGUCGUGGCUGGCCGCCUCGAAGACCUGAUGAGAGACAGAUCAAUGCGGAAUAUACAGACUUACAACAGGGACGAGGGACUGACAGGGAAAUGAAGAAUAUGUGGGAGAUCACAAGUAUGGUCGUGGACAACAACCGCGACGCCAUGGAGGAGGGCAGCUGUCAGCAGUCCCCCACUCACAACGGGAACAUGAUGGUGCAGCACGGCAGUCCAGAAAGCAUGCAAUGCCAGCCAACGAUAGCAGCCGGCACUCUGAUGCCUAUGAACGGAUACCAUUCACCAAACGCACAGGAAAAUAAGAAUGCAGGUCUAUUAAUGUGCUCGCCCGUGGGGUCCCUGGACGGGUUCCUGCACUCCCCCAUACAGACGCGCUCCGAGCCCAGCUUCAAAGAUGACACCAGAUUCCAGUACGUGUUGGCGGCAGCGACAUCUAUCGCCACGAAACAGAACGAGGAGACACUCACCUACCUCAACCAGGGACAGCCAUACGAGAUCAAGCUGAAGAAACUCGGAGAUCUCUCGCAUUAUAAGGGGAAGAUACUCAAGAGUGUGAUCAAGAUCUGCUUCCACGAACGUCGUCUGCAGUACAUGGAGAGGGAGCAGAUAGCGCAGUGGCACAACGAGAGACCCGGGGAGAGGAUCGUUGAGGUGGACGUCCCCCUGUCAUACGGCGUCAUCCGCGUGGAGCAGCCGGCCUGUCUCAACGCGUUACAUGUCUACUGGGACCCCACCAAAGAUGUCGGUGUUUAUAUCAAGGUGAACUGCAUAUCAACAGAGUUUACAGCGAAGAAGCACGGCGGAGAGAAGGGCGUGCCCUUCCGUAUCCAAGUGGAGACAUAUCUUGCUACUGACGAACAUACUCGACUGCAUGCUGCGGCCUGUCAGAUCAAGGUGUUCAAACUAAAAGGUGCGGACAGGAAACACAAACAGGAUCGUGAAAAAGUGAUGCGCAGACCGCGCACUGACUUGGAGAAGUACCAGCCCGGGUGUGAAGCUACUGUUCUUACUACGCUGUCAAACGAUGCAUUAAUGCCGCCGCCAUCAUUGGUCACAACAUCGCCGCCAUAUUCCCCCGAGCUGUGUGUGGCUCCAAAGACGGUCGCUAGCCCAAUAAUGGUCAACAAGCCAGUAUUAGCACAUAAUGCAAUACUCGCAUCUAACAAUCAAAUGAAGACCUCGUAUGGCCAAGAGACGAACGAUGUGAAAGUGAACUCGCCGCCGUGCCACUCGCCCGGCGCCAUACUGCCCGACCUGCCGCAACCCGCUGAAGAUCCUGAAAAGGUACAGAACUCUGGUCUGUCCAAAGAAGCGAGCUCCUCGGAGACACAGGCGUGGUUGGCGAGACACCGCUUCUCCCACCACGCUGCCACAUUCACCAACUUCUCGGGAGCUGAUCUGCUCAGGCUGACCCGUGACGAUAUAAUCCAGAUUUGCGGACUCCCUGACGGUAUCCGUCUGUUCAACGCGCUGCAUGCCAAACGCAUCUUGCCCCGCCUGACGGUGUACGUAUGCCCGGCCGGCAGUAACAUAUACAGCGCCCUCUACCUGCACGCCUGCAGAGCGCACGAGCUCUUGCAGAAGUUGAACUCGCUCGUGCAUGCUUCUAAGGAGUGUGAAACCGUACUAGUUUCGGGACCGAACGGGGCCCGUGUCCGUCUCACAGACGACCUCGUUCGUCACAUGCCGGACAAUUCGUUCUACCGUCUUGAAAGAGUUGACGACUGCAGCGCUCUACUCCUCUGCGCUACUAACAACAACUAACUAUCGUGAAGAUAUAAGAUAAGGUAUAAUUAUGAAAUGACAACUUGUGUAUAAUUAAAUUGUAUUUUGUUUAAAUACUCAAGCGUUACUCAAUAAGACGAUUCCAGGAAUAGUUGUUUCACUGAAAUGAAAUGCAAUGAUAUUUAUAUCUGAGAAUGGUUUACAAAGUAACACUUUAACACGUUAAUCUUUAAAUUCCUAGAUAAGUGCCAGCAGGCUAUACAAACUCUUUGUAAAACGACAGACAUGUUGAUUUGUAAACAAAUUGAACUUUAAAAGAAUGUACUAAAGUUGUUAUUUCAUGUUGUUAUCUUACUACAAAGUGUAUAUAGGAUCAAAAUCACAAAUUCUAUAUAAUAAAAUCAUGCUUUUUGUCCACAAUAAGCUUUAUAAGGUCAACAAUGUAAUAAAUAAAGAUAAGGGAGUUUAAAUUAAAUAAAUAUGUCAAUCCUAAGUAAUAAAGAAAGGCAUACAAAGAAAAUUUCAAUGAAAUUAUCAUAUUCAUAAAUAUGAAUGAAUUAAAUACGUCGAACUCUGCCUACGCCUUAGGAAUUAGAAGGCGUAACGUUAUAUUUUAUAGGCGUACACACGGAUGAUCACCAAACUGAUGAUACAAAAUCAUAUCAUGGUCUGGCUUUGUAUGGUCUUUCCUUGCCUUCGACGGCCAUUUUAUACUGGUUUUUCAUAGCUUGGUGUAUAACCAGUACAUAGGCUACAGUAACUGCUUUACAUCACGACAAUUAUAAGCUUGUUACCUCGAUAUAAAAACAAAUUAUAUAAGUAUUAUAAAUAUACUGAAAAAGUUAAUAAAAUGAUUUCUCCAUCUUUAAAUUGCAUUUUUGCGCAUGUAUGCGCAACUUUUGACGUUUAUUUGCGCUUUUUAGCGCAAGUUUGGUGUAAAAGAAAUUUGAUGUUUCUAAACAAAAUGAAUUUGAUAUUCUUGUUAAGCAAUUAGAUUGUCUAGUUGUUAUAUUGUUUGUGGUUCUUGGCAUAGUCAAAAAUAUCGUCUAUAUAGAUGUAGACGUAAAAUGAAACACGGAUUUGUCUUAUUCAUAUUAUUUUUAGUCUAUAUAUGACUAUAAAAACCUGACUAUGUUAAUUAUUGUAUAUUAACUUACUUUAAGUCCAGUCCAACUGUUAGGUAUUUAUCUAUCAGAUAACUUAAGAACAGGAAUUGAAUUUGUAUGAAUUAUCUAGUAGAUUAAACCUAUCAGAGAUUUGUAAAAUAAAUGUUUCCUUUCGGGGCGUGGUUGCUUCGGGAUGGCAAGAAGUCAGACGCUCGAAGUUAUCAUUGUAUCCAUUGCAAGGAUAAAAAAUAACAUAUAUUGGGCUAUUUUUAUAUUUAAAGCUGGUCUUUUAAUGUAAAAGUAGGUACAUUUAUUCA